CAGACAUAAUAAAAUAAUUUAAAAAAAGCCGCUUUGGCGAAUCGUGAAUUGGUGAUUGUGUGAGCCACACGUCCUUUUGCUGUUGGUUUUCAGUAAUCUUGCGUUUCUCCGUCGGGUUUCCAAGUUUCAGGGCUGAGCUCAACAUCGAGGAAACCUCACGACACAACAUCCAUCCAGUAACUUGUUUUGGUUACUGGAGACAAUGGACUUCGGGUUCAAGGGAAUCAAUGAGGACACAUCUGCGUGCUCAUUUAAUGAGACAGACAUUCAGAAAUGUCCAUUUCUUAAGAACAUUAACAAACCCACCGACUUUUCAUUCCCUUCAAUGAGUUUUCCCAUGCCUGGAACUAGAGGUCCUUUAUUUGAAGAUGGUCCAAACUUUGAUAUGGCAUUUAAGCUUUUUCAUGGGAAGGAUGGCAUUUUACCUCUCUCAGGGAGGUCUGAUGUUCCCUGUGACAGAGACAAACAGGAGCCUACCAUCCAAUUUAACCCAUUAGCAGGAAAAGCUGCAACAAUUAGCCUUUCAGCUUUUAGCUCAGGAGGGCCCUUCAGCUUUGGUCCCUUCUCAGAUAAAAGGAAGAACCAGAAAAAGAAAUCCGACUCAUCUAACAAACAAGAACCCUCUUCUCAGAAAGGAAAUUCAUCAAAUCAUGAUGCAAUGGGAAACGAGUGGUUACAAAAUGGGAAUUGCCCAAUUGCAAAAUCUUACAGAGCAGUGAGUCGUGUCCUACCACUUGUGGCGACACCUUUUCAUCUCUCACCUGCAAUGAAGUUUAGAUGCCCCCCUGCUGUAGUUGCCGCAAGGGCUGCCCUAGCACGCACUGCCCUUGUUAAAAACUUACGCCCUCAGCCACUGCCUGCAAAGAUGUUUGUUAUUGCUCUCUUGGGCAUGGCAGCUAACGUGCCUUUGGGUGCUUGGAAGGAGCACACUGAAAAAUUUUCUUUAUCAUGGUUUGUAGCUGUGCAUGCAGCUGUGCCCUUCAUAGCCAUGCUUCGGAAGUCCGUUGUAAUGCCUAAAACAGCUAUGGCCUUGACAAUUGGAGCUUCUAUCCUGGGGCAGGUUAUUGGUUCAAGAGCUGAAAGGCAGCGGCUGAAAGCAGUGGCUGAAAGGGAGAAGGUGGCAGCUGAAACAGCCGUUGCUGCUGCUGUGGCUGGGUAUAAUGAUCUAAGUCAGGUUGAUCCUUCCGGUGCAAGCCACUGUGGUAGAGAAGGGGCUAUCUGGGGACCCAUUCCAGUGAAGGUGAGUCGACCAUCCUCUUCAUCAGACAGUGUGUGCUAUUGACAAAUAAAAGAAAAGGGCUACUUUAAGUACUAUAUAGUAGAAAUGGCCUGAGCAAAGUUUCAUUUUUAUAGAAUUUGGGAAUGCUUAAGGUCAUGUAGUAAAGUAAUAUGGCAGUUCCUAAGGUAAAGUAAACAGUUAUUGCUAGAGACAGUUGUGUAAAAUAUGAAUAGUACUUUCCUGUUUCUACUGUAAAAAGAAGACUACUUUUGAUUUGAAGUGCAUAUAAUAUAAAUAUUAUUGUGUUA